CAUCAGGGUGAAGAUCUGAUGAACAUGAAAGUUGAGGGUGAAGUAGAAGAGACGUAUGUGAGGGAUGGUCAGCAAUAUACAGAGGAAGCUGGAAUGACGAGGACAUUCAAAGAGGAGGACACCCCUACAGAGAUCAGCACAGGACACAUCAAGAAACCCUCAAAGGAUCGUCUCACUUUAUCUCCAGGUUAUAAAAUGGAAGAUGAGGACAUCACAAGACAUUGUGCUGGAGAAAUGACAAUGAACUCAGCUAUGGAUGGUGGACUUCACAGUGUGGAUAGACCAUCAAAUCCCUCUGAGCCUGAGCAACCUCGUCCUGUGAGGCAUAGUGUGGGAAUUCAGUUUGGGGAGACAUUUUCCUGUCCUGAAUGUGAGGAAAAUUUUAACUCAGAAUCAAAUCUUACUGUACAUCACAGAUCUCACAUGGGCGGGAAAGUACAUUCCUGUUUUGAGUGCGGGAAACUUUUUUCACAGAAAUCAGACCUUGUUAGACAUCUAAGAUCUCACACAGGUGAGAAGCCGUAUUCCUGUCCAGAGUGUGGGAAAUGUUUUACAGAGAUGUCUAGUCUUUACAGACAUCAGAUGCUUCACACAGGUGAAAAGCCGUAUUCCUGUCCUGAGUGUGGGAAAUGUUAUGCACAGAAAUCAGACCUGGUUAAACAUAAGAGAUCACACACAGGUGAGAAGCCAUACUCUUGUCCUGAGUGUGGGAAGUGUUUUACAGAGAAAUCCACUCUUUACAAACAUCAGAGGAUUCAUACAGGGGAGACUUAUGUCUGUCCUGAGUGCGGGAAAUGUUUUUCGCAGAAAUCAGAUCUUCAAAUACAUCAGAGAUCUCACACAGGUGAGAAGCCAUAUUCCUGCCCUGAGUGCAGCAAAUGUUUUACAGAGAAGUCCAGUCUUUACAGGCAUCAGAGGCUGCACACUGGGCUGAAGCCGUAUUCCUGUCCUGAGUGUGGGAAAUGUUUUUCACUGAAUUCAAACCUUCUCACACAUCAGAGAUCUCACACAGGCGAAAAGCCUUAUUCCUGCCCUGAGUGUGAAAAAUGUUUUUCAAAAAAAUCAAACCUUUAUAGACAUCAGAGAUCUCACACAGGGGUGAAGCCUUAUUCCUGCUCCGAGUGUAAAAAAUGUUUUAGACAAAAAUCUGACUUGGCUAUACAUCAGAGGUUUCACACUGGCGAGAAGCCGCAUUCCUGCCCUGAGUGCGGGAAGUGCUAUACACAGAAAUCGGACCUGGUUAAACAUCAGAGAACUCACACAGGCGAGAGGCCGUACUCUUGUCCUGAAUGCGGGAAAUGUUUUUCAGAGAUGUCCAGUCUUUCCAAACAUCAGAGGAUUCACACAGGGGAGAAGUAUUCCUGCUCUGAGUGCGGGAAAUGUUAUUCACGGAAAUCAGUUCUUGUUAGACAUCAAAGAUCUCACACUAUAGAAACCAUAGUCGUGCCCUAAGUGUGGAAAUUAUAGACGUGCAGUUGAUGUGUACAUCUGAUGUGCCACGGAAGAGAAAAGCUGCUUUCCUUCCUGAGUGUGGAAAAUAUUAUUCACGAAAAUUAGAACUUGUAACACAUAAGGUAUCCCACACUGGGAAGAAGCUGUAUUCCUGCCCUGAGUGUGGAAAAUGUUAUAUAUGGAAAUCAGACUUUGCUAUACAUAAAGGUGAGAAGCCAUAUUUUUUUUCCUACAUGUAGAAAAUGUUUUUCCUGACAAUUUCUUGGUAUCACUUAUGGGUUGACUCUGCCCUCUGCUCAACCCCUUGAGGACAAUAUAAAGCUUUACCCAUCCUA